CAAAAUGGCUAACUAUAUAUCUUAAAGCCAAACUCUUCAUCUAGAACAUAAAAUAUUGAACACAACAGAAUUAUGGAAGGAGAAGAGUAUUAUUGUGCGCCACAACCACUAGAAGCCACCAAAAUCGAAUCUUUACCAUUCCCAAAGCCGCUCCAAAAUUUAAGGAAAAAGAAAAACAAGAACAAGAGGAGGUUUAGUGAUGAACAAAUAAGGUCAUUAGAGUCCAUGUUUGAAUCAGAGACGAAGCUUGAACCAAGGAAGAAGGUGCAACUGGCUAGAGAGCUUGGACUGCAACCUCGGCAGAUAGCUAUAUGGUUUCAGAACAGAAGAGCUAGAUGGAAGUCAAAGCAAAUGGAGCAAGAAUACAAAGUACUUAAAGCCAAUUAUGACAAUCUACAUUCUAAGUUCGAGUCCUUGAAGAUAGAGAAACAGUCCUUGCUCAUACAGCUGCAGAAUUUGACUGAUCUGCUAGGAAAACCUCAUAAUCAAGGUAUUAAAAGCAAGGAUUCGAAGGAAAAUAUCACAUCUGGUGGCUCUGAUAGUAAAGAUACACGCCGUGAACCAGAACUCCACAACAUGGGUGGCCAAGUAGAUGGUUCUCUGGCAUUGCCCGAAAAAUGGAGCAAUUUUGAGUCGAGUGGUCUUUUUGAUAGGUCAUGUGGCAGUUCAAACUGGUGGGACUUUUGGAGUUAAGAAAAUGCACUUCACCUUGAAGAAUUGUGGAAGGUCUGUAUGAAGAUUGAAGACUGGUUGCUUAUGGAAGAGACCAAGAGGAAAGAAAGGAUUGAAUAGUAGGCUGCUUUAAUGAUGACAGUAAUGCCAAUCAAAGAUUUCAACCAGAGCAAAAGAUGUAUCUCAACACUAGCUUGUGAUGCAAUGGUGAUUGGCAGCAAGUUUAUGGAGCAGUUUGACAGUAUCAUGGCAAAACAGAAAUUUUGCUGAUUUUACCGAGCUGUCAGGUCAGGUCAAGUCAAAAAAAAAAAAAAAAAAAACAGAUAAAGAUUUUACAAUAUUCAACCCGAUCGUUUAGGAAAUUUAUAUUUUGAAAAAUUUUGAAUGCUUGAUUUCAGGGUCUAAAUAAAUCCAUUUUCACCCAUGUUUUUUGUUUU